GUCUUGCUGGGGCACGUCACCUGGGCCAUGAUUUGCAAGAGAGAGGCCCUGUCCACCCUCUCCUCCGUCUACGCCUUCAAGGCCGUCAAGGACCCCGACGUCAGGCCCCUGUGGAACUCUGUGAGAUUCGAGCUCUGGUGCGUUGCAAGUACUUUGCCUCUGUGGUCCUCGCACUUGGGUCCCCCGUGGGGCUCGCGAGUCUCGGCGUCUGAUGCGUCUCCUAUUGGGGUCGGCGUCUGCGCGCGGGAGCUGGAGGGGCCCCGGGUGGCCAGGAUCGGGGGGUUGACGGAGAGGUGGAGGUGCAGGUGCACUUCAGCCGUGGCGGCCAGGGCCAACGCCUUGGGUCUGGGCGGGCCCCGCUUGGAGGAGGACUUCUUGGAGGCCGUAGGCGUGAACGAGUGCGAGUCGAUCAACCCCGAGGUCUCCGUCAAUGGCUUCUUGGAGAUCCCCGAAGAGAUCAUGAAGGGCUCUGAAUGGGUCGCAGUCAUCUCGAGGAGGCACUGGGGCCCCCGCAAGAGCACCUUGGAGCUCGAGGGUGAGGCGUUGCGCGACGCCGUGCGGCGCGCCUCUCGCGAC